AUGCCGUGGGGUGUGGAGGAACGGGACACCAACUCUUUGCUACUUGAUGUUGCUGCCACAGAUCUUGGCCAUGUUGCCCAUGUCAUCACUGAUGGCUUAGUCGGUGCUGAGACCCGGGUUCUCCCCAUCUUGGGCUUGCUCUGCAAGUCGCGCCGUGAGCAAUCCUUUCCAAUGGAUUUGCUUCAGAAAGGCCUCAGCGUUGACAUUGCUACAGCACAAGCGUCCAAAGAAGAGGACAAGACACGGAUUUUGAACUCCGUGCGAUGUCCGCGAGCCAGGACAUGGGCGUUGGACACGCCUUUUCCAACGCAGCACCCCCGCUAUGAUGCCGUCAACAAAGCUUUAGCCUCCCACUUUGCACUGACCAGCAUCCAGCAGUCAUAUCGGAACGGACAACAAGCCCCAUCAACCCUGUGGCAAGCACUACGGUCAGAUGCAGAAAGAAGGAGCAUCCAAGUGUCACUGACAGGUUGCCACAAUUUCCGAGACCCGGACUUGCGGAUUCUCAUCGACAACCUGCCAGCCAAACUGCAAAGUUUACGGCUCGAUCUUGCCUACACUGGUUUGGAGCGUUUGGAUGAUCUAGCGGGUGCUUCCUUCGGAAACGCUCUUCAGACCCUAGUGAUUCGCUUCGCAGGAUCUUUAAGAAGCAUUUCUGGUUUGUCUGCUUUGCUUUGCCCUUCCUUGAGACGUUUGGAGCUGUGGCUGUCAGACCUUCCAGACUUAGAGGACAUCGAGUUGGGCGUCAGCAACAAGGCAUUGUUGAAGCUUCGUUUGGAGGAGCUGGUCUUGUAUGUGAACGGCUGUCCCAGCGUACCACGCGAAUCCAAGACAGCAUUGUUUGCUGCCACCCGGCAGCUGAAGCAGUGCCUGCGACGCCGGCCUUACAUGUGGGUUCACAUCGAGGAUACAAACACCUGGACGCUGAAUCUCUGCCUUGGGAAGCUCAAGGUGGGUCGUUCACAAAGCCACCUUGAGAUAGGUUCACCCAGUUCACCCACGCCAAGCGCAGCUUCGCUGGCCGAGAUUCCAGAGUCACAAAUCGAUCCGUUCCCUUGCCAUUGCUGCACGAAGUUCCACGGAAAUUCUCAUGGAUAUUGCGAUGCUCAUCGACUUGCCCGAUUUUACCACAAUGCGUUCUCCAGAUGUCAUCUCGUUUUUCAAUAUGCAGAGCUGCUGAUGAUUUUCUUUGUACAAGCCACGGCUGAUAUCGAAUCGAGGGCCUUGCUGGCCUUGAUUGUCAUCUCUUUGUAUCCUGUGCUCUGGAUGAGCCUUGAUCGAUUGGUGGGGUCGGCCACCUCAAUUUGUGUCGUGUUGAUCUCGCUGCUCUUCGCAUCUGUAUCUUAUGCUCUGCUGCGAUUCGAUCGGAUGCACCGAGCGACUCUGGAACUGUCGUUGGCUUCUGAAGCCAUUUGCUCACAGGCGAUUCGUCCUGCGAACUUGUCGCACCUCUCUCUGGUCUUUGGAAGUUCCGCUGAUGACUUCCCGAACACAGAUUUGCGACAAAGCGACACGGAUUUGACAAGCAACUUCCGUCAGGCACGGAUCCACUUUCUUAGCUUUCAGAAUGCUCUGCGCCGAGCCCUGGACGAAGGUGAAGUGACGAAUGCAACAGCACAUGCAAAGAUCAAGCGCCUCGCGGACCUAACGAGUCAAGGACGAGACCAUGAUGUUCUUUCUUGUGAAAUCCAUUGUGAAUCCCUCCAGCAAGUUCAACUGGUGUGGCUUGCGCUGAGCAAAAGAUUUCAAAGCGAAGAAGAACCGUGGAAGAUCGUGGCACUGUGGGAUGGAUUUGCCCAAGAAGAGGAGCGGAGAUGCAGCAAGAUCGUGAUGUCCAUGAACGGCCAGCUGGCAUAUCUUGGCAUGUCAUUCACGGCAUUUGAUGAAUUUGCAGGCUAUUUGGCCACUGUCGUUCUUUGUGUUGCCUCCUUAACAAGGCUGCAGAGUAACCUCAGCGAACUUUGCCUUUUGGCGGAUGCUUUUGGCCUCUUGGAGGAUGCAAAGCCUCGAAGGUGGCUGCAACGUGACGGUCCAAAUGCCAAGGGUUCAAGUUCUGGAGACCUGAUACCGAGUUUGCCUCGCGGCUCACAGAUUUUGGCUGCUCUUCUUCCGGUGCUUCUGUUACUGGCCCGUUUCAUUGCUAUGAUCACGGCAGCUUAUUUCACAUGUCAAUACCUCUUUCGGUAUGGCCCUUCCAGCUUGCACGAAAGCAUAGAUCAACUGGGACAGCAUCGCUUUGUCAAAGUCGCGUUUGGAGAACGCUUUGACGGGUCAUGGUGGGAUGCCUUGUGCUUAUCAGGGCCUUAUGCAGUUCUUGCAGUGGUUUUCGCACGCGAUUUGCUUUGCUUUUCUGCUCCGACAGCUCAAAAACGGAAGAGCAGACAGCUGUCACAAAUUGUCUAUGACCGCUAUUUUGGAGUUGAAGGUAUCAGUCCCAAGUUCGCUUUCCCUUCAGAGUUCCUCCAAUACAUGGCAGUCUAUGUGAGCAUUGCUCACGUGUGCUGCGCUUGUCGCGCUGUUCAGAGAGGGCAAACGCCUGAGUUGGAAGCCGCGAGAGAUGUCCGCCCGAAGGUUGUCUGGGCCCAUGUGAGAUGUCCAUGGGUGAGACGCCUGAAGUACAUCUACUCACCAUGUUUGACGGCGUUGCUUGUCUACUUGCUGAUCUGUCAGGAUGUUUAUCCAGGGCACAGAGGAGACUUCACGUGCUUCCCUUGCAGGUGUUCCGCUGGACGACUUCAAAGCUGCAGCUUGGCAGCGCAACUGCAGCAAGAGCAGCUUGUCAUUGCUGGUGUCACCAGCAUUGAGCCACAGGCAUUCAAACCUUUGGGUUGCCGCCUGUCGCGGUUGUCCCUAGCAAACAAUUCCAUAACGAGCUUGAAACCAAGAAGCUUUGAGCAUCUCCCUUGCUUACAGAUAUUGGAUAUCAGCCGGUCAAAACUCAGCAUGCUGGCCAGGGACUCUUUCUAUGGAUUGGAUCAGCUGGAAGUGCUCUCCCUCCAUGGGAACGAACUCCACAACAUCUCAGGAGACCAUUUAUCCCAUCUGCCAUCCCUUGAGAACCUUCUGCUUGGAAGCAAGCCAGGCUGGGACAAUGAAACACAGACAGCUUACGAGUUGGAAGCUGGAAACUUGAUCAGGUGUUUGCCGCCCCGACUAUUUGAAGGAAAUCCGCACUUGAUUUUUUUUGACAUCAGUGGCAACAACAUCACCAAAGUUGACCGAGACACGUUCGUUGGAGCGACAAACUUGCGAUUCCUGGACCUCCGUCACAACAGCCUGCGAGAACUUCCUGAAGGACUCUUUGCUGGUCUCUCGAGGCUCCAGAAUGUGUUGCUGCACAACAACCAGCUCAGAGCACUUCCCGAAGGACUCUUUGCUGGUCUCUCGAGGCUCCAGAAUGUGUUGCUGCCCAACAACCAGCUCAGAGCACUUCCCGAAGGACUCUUUGCUGGUCUGUUGAGGCUCCAGAAUGUGUUGCUGCACAACAACCAGCUCAGUGCACUUCCCGAAGGACUCUUUGCUGGUCUCUCGAGGCUCCAAGUGUUGGCGCUGCACAACAACAGCCUCAGUGCACUUCCCGAAGGACUGUUUGCUGGUCGCUCGAGUCUUCAAAUUUUGGCGCUGAGCAACAACCAGCUCAGUGCACUUCCCGAAGGACUCUUUGCUGGACUCUUUGCUGGUCUCUCGAGUCUCCAGGCAGUGUCGCUGAAUCACAACAACAUCAGUGCACUUCCCAAAGGACUCUUUGCUGGUCUCUCGAGGCUCCAAGUGUUGGGGCUGCACAACAACCAACUCAGUGCACUUCCCGAAGGACUCUUUGAAGUGGGGCUGGAUCACAACAAUAUCAGUGUGCUUCCCGAUGGACUCUUUGCUGGUCUCUCGAGUCUCCAGAAAGUGUGGCUGCACAACAACAGCCUCAAGGAAGGCAGUGGCUGA